GGCUGGGGAGAGGCAGGAAGUUGGCUUGAAAUGCGACUGAUCGAAACUUCCUAACGCUGGGGUUUGGGGGUAUGUGAUAACAACUUUACUCGGAAAGAUCGUUCCACCUGCAAACAUCCAUAAGGAAACAGAUGCAAAACACAAGCCUGGUGAUGUCCUGGAGGCCUGCUAUAUAUAUAGAGUGAGGACAUGGCUGCUCUAAGGACACUGCUCGCUUUGUUUCCAAAUGCUUCAGCCCGGAAACUGCUCCUGAUGAUGCUAUUUGUCUUAGUUUUCUGGUUAGUCUUCAUGGCCUCAAAAGACCACACAGAGUUUUUGCUUCACAUUAACAACCCUAUCAACCUGAGACGAUGGCACAUCUUCAAGGAUUUGUUGCACUCCGAAAGGCGGCUUCAGAACACCACAUCAGCCUCACCAGUAGAGGCAGACCUGAUGAUGGUCACAGAGAUCCUGGAGAAGCUAAACCGGCAGAUCCCACCCAGACCCUUCACCCACCUCAACACCACCACCAGCGCCAAAGAGAGCAGAGCCACCAUCCUCAACCCUCGGGGCACAUACUGCAUAGGCGACCAACUGGAUGUCCUGCUGGUAGCCAAGGACUACUUUGGUCACAAGAAGAAGUAUGGUGGGGACUUCCUGAGGGCCAGGAUAUUUUCUCCAGCCCUGAAGGCUGGCGCUUCUGGAAAGGUGACAGACUUCAACAAUGGCACCUAUGUUGUCAGCUUCACUCUGUUCUGGGAAGGCCCAGUCUCCCCGUCUAUCCUACUCAUGCAUCCCAGUGAAGGGGUGUCAGCUCUCUGGAGAGCUAGGAACCAAGGCUAUGACAGAAUCAUCUUCACUGGCCAGUUUCUUAACGGCACCUCCCCUGUCUUCACUGAAUGUAGCCUGACCUUAAACGCAAAUACUGAGCAGUGUCAAUACCUGGAUGCUCGGGAUCAUGAAGCCUUCUACUGCAUAAAGCCUACACAUGUUCCCUGCGAGGCCCUGACGCACAUGAGAACCAAUAAUAAUAAUGUCUCCUACCUCAGUCUUAAGGAACAUCUCCUUUUCCGGAGGUUCAACAUGGCAGUUGAAAUGGUGAAGAAUUUGACCAUCACAGUCUCACCAUGUAACAGGAUUGAAACCAAGAAAAGGAAAUGUCAAAUUGGAAUGAAGACUCCUUUCCCCAGUGGCUAUACUUUCAAAGGAAAGUGGAUUUCAACAUUUUGCCAGCAGAAUAUGUUCAGUGACAUAAAAGAUAUAAAUAACUGCUUGACAAGAAAACUGAUUUACCUCAUGGGUGAUUCCACACUGCGCCAGUGGGUGUACUACCUAAAUAAAGUUGUGAAAACUCUAACAUUUUUUGACGAUCAUGGAACUGGAAUGUUUCACACUCAUGUACUUCUGGAUACUAACCGACAUAUUUUGGUACAAUGGAAAAAACACGGCCAUCCCUUUGUUACUAAAAAGCUGUUCUCAGUGAAAGAUGACAACUAUAUCCCACGGGAAAUUGACCAGGUGGCAGGAGACAGCGGCACAGCAAUUGUCAUUAGUUUUGGCCAACACUUCAGACCCUUUCCCAUCAACAUUUUCAUCCGUAGGGCCAUCAACGUCAAAAAGGCCAUAGAGAGACUGUUCCUACGAAGCCCGGACACCAAGGUGAUAAUUAAAACCGAAAAUAUCAGAGAAGUAAAUGAAAAUGCAGAGAUAUUCAGUGACUUCCAUGGCAGCAUUCAGAAUCUUAUUUUAAGAGACAUUUUCAGGGAUCUUAAUGUGGGUAUUAUUGAUGCUUGGGACAUGACAAUUGCAUAUCGCAGUGAGGAUGUCCACCCACCUAACAGCGUGAUUGAAAGUCAGAUUGCCAUGUUCUUAAACUACAUUUGCUAGAGGUUCUUAAGGUGUAGAAAACAUCUCUAGCCCUCUCUACUCUUGUUCUCUCCAAUCUCAAAUGUACCACAUAGACAACACAAUCUAUGUGUAGAUGGAAGUUUCUGUUCCGCCCGGCCCAACAGCCAUUAGUCACAAAUAAAUACACAGAAGUUUAUAUUAAUUUAAAAUUGUUUGACCAGUGGCUCAGGCUUCUUAUUGUCUAGCUCUCUCUUAAUUAUUAGGUUACAAAGAAAAGUGACUGCUGAACAAGGUUCUUACUUCAUCAAAAAUUCUGCCAGACAUUCUGAGCCUAUAGGCUAAAGAGGGAUGCCCCAACAUUACAGAAGUCUGUAAGUCUAUAGUCUAGAGUCUAUACCUUCUGGGGUCUUUGAUGGAGUUGAAGACAGAUAGUUAUGGCUUUCCUUAGUUAUGAUAAAAGAUAAGUUACAUAUAAAACUUUAGACUCGCAAAGAUAGGAUAGAUGAUAGAAUAUUUUCUUUAAA